AUGGGACGCUUAGCAGGUCCUUUUGAUUCCCCACCUUUCCCUGUUUUUCGGGUAUCCCCCCUGGGCGCUGUGCCUAAGAAGGCCCCAGGGGAGUUUAGGCUUAUUCAUCAUCUGUCUUUCCCUGAUGGCGAUUCAGUGAAUUCCGGCAUUUCAUCUGAUAAUACUAGUGUUCUCUAUUCAACAAUUAGUGAUGCUAUUCAACUUGUUAAGUCCGUUGGUCGCGGGUCCUUUUUGGCUAAAACAGAUAUUAAAAGUGCAUUUCGCAUAAUACCAAUAAGGCCAGAAGACCACCACUUAUUAGGAAUCAAAUGGAGAGACGUAUAUUACUAUGAUCGUUGUAUGCCAAUGGGCUGCUCAAGUUCGUGUAAGACCUUUGAGACAUUUAGUACAGCUAUUCAGUGGAUAGCUCAGUCUCAAUUCGGGAUAACCAAUAUGCUUCAUUUGCUAGAUGAUUUUUUGAUUGUAGCACCAUCAGCCGAAUUAUGUCAGCGACAGCUUGGGGUGUUUUUGGAUCUUUGUGCAUAUCUUGGAAUCCCAAUGGCACCAGAGAAAACCUGCGGCCCAUCGCCUGCAUUAUCAUUUGCAGGCAUAGAACUGGAUACAAUCCAGAUGGAGGCUAGGUUACCCCAGGAUAAGCUAGAUAAAUGUAUUACACUUAUUACUGAGUUUUUGCGCCGUAAAAAAGUUUCAUUACGUGAGCUACAAUCUCUGGUUGGAUUAUUAAAUUUUGCUUGCUCUGUGGUCAUCCCGGGUAGAGCCUUUUUACGUCGUUUAAUCAACUUGACGAUAGGCAUUAAGGCACCUCAUCAUAAAAUAAGGUUGACUAAGGCCGCUAAGGAAGAUUUAAAUGUAUGGCUGGUUUUUCUGUCCUCUUUCAAUGGUUGUUCAUUUUUCUUAGACGAUUACUGGUCCAAUUCUCAGAAAUUGAGAUUAUAUACAGAUGCAGCUGGUUCCUUGGGCUUUGGUGCCAUAUUUGGUAACGAGUGGUGUUAUGGUAGUUGGCCAUCUUCUUGGUUGGACAAGAACAUAGCAACAUUGGAGUUUUACCCCAUAGUAUUAGGUCUUCAGCUUUGGGGCCACCUGAUGCAGAAUAAAUGUGUAUUGUUUUUCACCGAUAAUGAGGCUUUAGUGCAUGUUAUAAACAAGCAAUCGUGCCAGGAUAAAUCCCUCAUGUUCUUUGUGCGUAAGCUGGUCUUGAUUUGCUUACAGAACAACAUUUUGUUUAAAGCAAAGCACAUACCAGGCGUUCAGAAUACUCUGGCUGAUAGAUUAUCUCGCUUGCAGGCGGAUGCUUUCAAGCGCCUGGCCCCAGAUUCCAUGAAUACCACACCAGUAGACAUUCCGCAGGAAUGGCUCCCACAAAAUUGGCAGCUAUAGUCAGUGAGCUCAUGCAUUCUAGCCUUCAACCUUCUUCUCGCCCUACUUACAAGAGGGCUUGGGUAUUAUUUAGACAGUUCUUAGACGAUACCUUUAACACUGCGCAAGUUUCGUUGCCCAUUUCACCCACAAUGUUAGCUCUCUUUUUGGCUUACCUGUUUGACAAGCAAUAUGCUCCAUCAACAGUAAAUACCUAUGUGUCAGCUUUAGGCUAUUCUCACAAAUUAGCAGGUCUCCCUGACCCAACUAAGGUAUUUUAUAUCAUUCAGAUGCUCAAAGGCUACACUAAACUGGGUUCUAGGGUGGACUGUAGGUUACCUAUUUCAUUACCAAUACUGUGUAAAAUUGUGUCUGCUGCCCCCUCAGUCACUGGGUCAGUCUUUCAGGAGACAUUGUUUCGUACAAUGUGUCUAACAGCAUUUUUUGCCUUUUUGAGAGUUGGAGAAAUGACUGUCAAUCAAAAGGAGGCUAACCUCCCAUUGCAAUUGCAUCAGCUAUCUCCCAUACUCAACAGUGAUAACAAAGUGACAGGGUAUAAAGUGUCGUUUCAGGAUUUUAAGCAUAGCUAUAACCAGCCUACUUUUUCUAUAAUUUUAAACCGUCAGAAGGGUAUUUGUCCUGUAACAGCUUUAACUGAGUAUCUACGGUUAAGGGGUUCCCGUGCAGGUGCUUUAUUUCUCGGAAUCGAUGGUAGCCCUGUGUCUCGAAGUACUUUUUCUUCUCUGCUCUGUCAAGCUAUUAAAUACUGUGGCCUUGAUUCUUCUAAGUAUAAGGGACAUAGCUUCCGCAUUGGUGCAGCUAGCCAUGUAGCCAAUCUCGGCUUUUCCGAUGCACAGAUUCGCACACUAGGCCGUUGGAAGUCCAACGCUUUCCUCAGAUACAUUCGUAUUGCUAACAUUUCUAAUUGAAUUCCUUAAUAAAGCUACUGUGCAGUGUAGGGCACUAUGUCUGCAAGGGCAUUCAUAGUGCACCCAAUUAUUUUUUCUCGUUUCAAUUUACCUAGUUAAUUUUAUUUAAAGGUACCCUUUCUUGGUACAUUCGUCUUAUUUGGUGGCAUGUUUUGCAAGGGCAUUCAUGUCCCUUACAAUUUUAUGCACUACGGUAGUAAGCUCAACACUAUGUCUUGCAAGGGCAUUCAUAGUGAUAACCUUAGUAUUAGUAGUAAUUUUGGCUUAGGUGUGGUGGCAUGUUUUGCAAGUGCAUUCAUGUCUUUAUGCCUAAAACCUGUAGUCCAGGCAUUUGGGGGUAAAAAGUUACACACUAUGUCUUGCAAGGGCAUUCAUAGUGAACCCCAUGCCCUUGCUUGUAUAUUUUCGUAGCUAUUAUGUUUUUUAAUUGAUCAAAUUUAUAAGGGCAAGGUGACAUGUCCUACAAGGGUAGUCAUGUACUUAGUCCUGCAUUAGUAAACGACGAGUCGAGCUCAGACUCCUUCAAUCAUAAUUUCGGAUAAUCGUUGUUGUUGGCGCUGCGCUUGCCUGGGGUGGGGCAGCAGCGUAUGGCGCUGCUCAUGGCGUUUUGAUUGCCCACACCUUUACUGGGCUAAGGUUAAUUAUUAUUGAAAAUAAUGUUAUAGAAAGACUAUAAAUUAUUUAUUUUGAAUUAGAAUUUUAAUAAAGCGGCAUCGGGUUUUCCCCCUUUGCCAUUUACAAACAAA